AUAAAAUAUUAUUCUUCCUAUUUAUCUAAUAAUGAAUGCAAAAAACUACAUAGUUAAAGUAAAAUGAAUGCACUUAUUUUUGAUAUUAUAGCAGCUGUAUCAGGUAAUUAGUGUCAUCAAGUGACUCGUCUCAACUGUUUAGAUAUUUCAUAUAAAUUAGGUUGAGCCCAAGUAGGAGUACUUCUAACACUAAAUGUUCAAGCUUUUUCUUAACAUAAAAUUAUAAGAAGGCAGUCUUAGAGUAUGGCAAAAAUAUAAUGCACAUUACAAGUGAAAUAUGCUCAAAUAUAUACAUUAUAUGAGUAUUGCAAACUACUUUUAUUAACUGCAAGACAAGGCAUAAUUUUAUUUAUAUGAUCCUGAUUUAAUUUAAGGCUGUGCUUCAAUUACAAAUAUCUGAGGAAUAAACCUAUUUAUAGAAGCGAAACUGACCUACGAGAGUGCAAUAUCCAAUAUUAAAAUAACAAGUAGCGAUAUAAUCAUUAGUUUUUAAAGAUUAGAAAAUUUUGUUUAAGUUAGG